CGCGCCACUUCCCCACCCUGGUCUACGCCACACUAUGACUGCCUCAUACUCUCUUCAAGCAUCAUUAACUCCGCCGGUGAUGACUGCAAGCAAGCUCAACCAAACCAAACCAACACCAUUUCAACCCAUCAAACAGUCUAUUGCAUCCCGAAUAGCCCAUAUUCGAUAUCGUUUCUCCUACACGUGCCCGAACUACCACCACUCCCUCGCAGUCGUCGGGUUUACAUAUCCAUCUGCACCUUAUCACUACAGCCUCACCAAUCCCAGGCUCUACGAUCGAUAUACACUUGGAGCGAUACCGAAACACCUUCAACACUACUCCCAGUAUCCCGCUUGCGACGGUUUAUAAUGUUCAACUUUACAGGCUCCGCCCGGCGCCCCCGAAACGUUAACCUUUCCGGCCGCAAGCCGACCACUCCGUCUACAUCCACAUCUCAAAAGAACAAGGUCGCCACAUCGAGCUCACUGCAGACGGCCCGCGAAGAGCGUGCGGCGCGAGAAGCAGAGCGCAAGAGGUUGAAGGCUGCGGGGACAAUCCAACGGACGUGGCGAGGCCGGAAGGCUGCGGAACAACAGCGCAAGGAAUGGCGAGCUGUGUGGGAUGAGUACCCAGCCGAUGCAAGCCAUGCACCUACUCGAAUUAGCCUAUUCCUAGCAUUUAUGGAUAUGGGACGGAAGUGCCAGCCUAAGACGUGGAGCCGAGACGAUCUCAAAAGGCUGAGUGGAAUGCUGUUGGUUACACGUCUGUGGCUUUCGAGCGACGGUGAUGAUGGCUGUGAUCCACAGCGGCGUCGGUAUCUCCUCCGGAUGCUAGGAAGGCUACUUGUUGAAGGAAUCGACUCGGGGGCUGUGAAGGAUGAAGCUUUGGAGCGGACCUUGCAAGUACUACCGAGUCUCACGUGGAAUGUUCCCGAGCUUGUCGAUGACCGUUACUAUACCGCCCUGUCUAAAGAAACGGCCUCUCCCAACUUGCACGAUUCGCGGUCACAGGCACUCGUCGAGGCGGUAGUAGCACCUUUGCGACUAUCUGAAGGCAGAAGCGACGCCGAUGUCGAUGCGGCUUACAAGGCUUUCAAUGCGGGCUACCUCAUCACACCCGAUCUGGUAUCUCUGCUCGGUGACCGAUGUAUAAAAAACCUCAUUGCCGGAGUGGACCUUCGAAAAGUAACCGAGUUCUUCAGCAUGAAUCUGGAAACCGAGAGCAAGCUGUGGUUGCUUUCACAUGUCGUCCACUUUUCCAGGCUCAACAAAAAUUUCAUCGACCUCACGACUUCCGGAUUGUCGGCCGAUCGAGAAGAGUACAUCAAGUUCCUCUCGAUGGCUCUAUCCUCCGUGGCGGUAGAAGUGGGCCAGCGAAUUGACGUUGAGGAUGUGACGAUGAAUGAUGGAGAGGGGUCCGAUGCUGAAGACGAAGGCACUUCCAGCAAACGUACCCGCGUCAAGAAGCAGCCGUUGCCACCUUUCGUGAAACAGCAGAUAGAAUCGCUGGUUCAGCAAUCGUCGGUUACGUCUCUCCUCUCAAACACCAAAUCGACGGACGGAAACGUGGAUAUACUUGCUGGAUUCGCCCUGACCUUGCUCUUGGUUUUCCCAGCCCGUCGGACCGAUAUGAGGUUUUGGCUUUGCGUUGCUCUCACUGCAGACGGCGUACCGGCUGUCAAGUAUGUGUGGAAUGCGGUGAAGAAAUGCCAACUCUUCACCUCCAUCAAGCGCGAUUCACGCGUAGCUGUUGACCCUUUGAAAUACCCUCCUACCUUAUCGAGGGGAAUGUCCGUCAAGUCCAUAGAAGAUCAAUGGAACCUGAUAUUUUUGUUUCUGGAGAUGUACUCGUUCGUCCUGGUCACUGGCGACGACCAUGAGUUCGUGCAAGGCAAGGGACGUCAGUUAGCGCUAAGUGAGGUCGGUGAGCUUGCGCUCUUCCUCAAGAACCUGUCAUUCGCUACCUAUUACUGGUACGGAGAGAUCAUGGGCGAGGAUCCGACUAAGGAUACCGGUGGCGAGGUGUUCUUCAAGCCGCGAGAGAACGGCAGGGCAUGGGAAUUGAAUUACUUUCGCAGUGUGGUGACCGAUGUCUUGAAGGCCAUCUACACUAGGGAUUCACGCAGGCAUUUCCUUCCGAAGGACUUUUGGUUGAUGGGUAAAUACUUGACGUUGGACGGAUUUAUUGCUGCGGUGGUUCAAGAAGAGGAGAACCGUCUUCGACACCGAGAUGGCGAAUCAGAAGACGAAGAUGAUGGAGACUAUCGCAUCGAUCCCGACUCGAGAGAGGCGAUGGACCCAGCUACCCGUCAUCAUGCGGAACAUGCACGACGGGAAAAGGCACUGAAGAAGAAGCAGCGGGCUAAUUACCGGGCAGUCAUCGAGUCUCGUUCGGAGAUCCUGCAGAAUUUACCGUUCACGAUUCCAUUUGACAAGAGAGUCGAGAUCUUCCGGGAGUUUGUUUCGAAAGAUCAAACGGCGCGCAGGAAUGGGCACACCGACCCGGAUCUGUGGAGGUUUUCGGUGAUGAAUGGUGCUGGCGUCGACGGAGACCGGCUUAGCAAGCACAAGGCCACCAUCCGUCGGAAACACGAGUUCCAAGAUGCUUAUAAUGCUUUCUGGAAGCUGGGUGAGGGGCUCAAAGAACCCAUUCAGAUCAAGUAUAUGGACAGGUUUGGGGCAGAGGAGGCCGGCAUCGACGGUGGUGGCGUGACCAAGGAAUUCCUAACGGGUGUCUGUGGAGAGGCGUUCUCCCCCAGUGCAGAUGUACCGGACGACAACAACCCCAAUGAGGAUCCUGAGGACUUUGCUCAUUAUGGGGGCAUCUCUCUGACCACGCUGGGUGUAAACAACAUGUUCAAGGAGAAUCCCGAGCACUUGCUUUACCCUAAUCCGACGAUGUUGGAAGAGGUCAAGCACAAAUUGCGCCAAUUCCUUAUUACUGACAAUCGAUCUGUCAUCACGGAUAUCCUCCAUAGGUACGAGUUCUGCGGAAGAAUCCUCGGAAAGUGCCUCUACGAGGGAAUCUUAGUUGAUCUCUCGUUUGCGCCGUUCUUCCUCUUGAAAUGGUCACAGCCCUCGUCAGCGUCUGCGGUAGGUGUCAACGACCUCCGGGACUUGGAUGCCGAGAUGUACCGCCACCUGAUGGCACUUAUGGACUUUGAGGGCAACGUUGAGACUACGUUUAACCUCGACUUUACAAUCACUACGCAAAUCGCACCCGGCAAGAUAGAGACGUACAAUCUGAAGCCGAAUGGAGAUUCGAUUCCCGUCACAAACGCCAACAGACUGGAAUACGUCCACCUCGUUUCAAAGCACCGGCUUGUCAAGGAACCUGCAGCCCAAACGGCUGCAUUCCUGAAGGGUCUCACCACGAUCAUCAAUCCGCAUUGGCUCAAAAUGUUCAACCAGAGCGAACUGCAGACAUUGGUCGGAGGAGAUACAGGCAGCCCCAUCGAUGUCGAGGAUCUACGCAGGAACACCAUCUACGGGGGGGUAUAUUCCAUUGGGGACGAUGGAGAAGAGCAUGAGACGAUCAGGCUAUUCUGGCAGGUUAUGCACGAGCUCGACGAUGCCGACCGCAGGAAGGUGCUCCGGUUCGUGACGAGUGUUGCUAGAGCGCCGCUUCUUGGGUUUAGGGUGCUCCGACCACGCUUCUCGAUUCGAGAUGCAGGAGAAGACCAGGCGAGGUUGUGUUCUGCUAGUACCUGCGUGAAUCUACUCAAGCUGCCGCGAUACAAGAGUGCUAGGACGCUGAGGAAGAAGCUACUGUAUUCGGUUCGGUCCAAUGCUGGGUUUGAUCUGAGCUGAUCGAGCCGCGAACGAGAGAUCUGCAUGAAUCGGAUGUGACAGUUUUUUCUUGUUUUUCUCUGUUUCUGUGCUUUUCUUUUUUUUUUCUUGCUAGGUAUUCUCGUAAAUGGGGCUGUGGCCUUGUGAUGGCCCGUCGAUGGUUUGGGUGUUGGGAGUUUCUGUGCUUCGCUUGUCUGUACUCUUCUGCCUCCAGGCGUCUAUGAAUAAACAAGAUUGGAUGGAGAUGAAGUUUGUCGGAUUUGAGAUGACAGAUGUUUUUUGUGGUUUUUCUCGUAGUGUUUUUUCCGUAGUGUUUUUUUUUUCGCGGUGAGGAUUCUUUUUUUGCAGUAUUUUUCGAUUUGUUUUCGUUACUCUUUUUUUUCUCCACACCCCCGUCGAGCUCACUAACGAUGUGCUCGGUGGGGCACUCUAGCCUCAAGGUGUCUGUGUUUGACGGCGUUUCCUUUGUGGAG